GAGACGGAUGUGUCGAGUUUCCAUCGAGCUGCCCUGGUCACUUUUGAUCAGUGGCAGUGUCUGGUGGCCAGGGAUCAGGACAAGGAGUUUGUCGUUAGUGUGAUUCAAGCGGUUCAACAUGUGGUACAACAGGCGGCCGAACAGUCCGCCGCUAAACCACACUUUAAGUUGACUCCACGCAAAGUGAAAGAGGCAAAUGGAAAGGUGUUUAUACUACUGGACAGUCCGGUCAGCGAUAAGCAACAGAUUGAUAUACUGGUCGACGGAUGCGGUGAUAAUCAGGUGUCUGUGAAGUGGAAGAAUGCGUACACAUUAUACUUCAUUCUACCGGAAAACAUGCUGAGAGUGGCCAAAGUGAUGAACAUAUCGUUGAUAUGCGACACCAAACACUUCAUGGGCACCCGACCCCUCAAAUGCGAGACCCAAAUGAGUGAACUCCACGGCCUGUUGUCGUCCGUCAACUCUCCCUUCGAGUUCAUGAGCCAAACGCUCGGCUUUCCGACGCUCAGCCAAUUUGACGAAGAGUUGGCCAAUCGUUUUGACCAACGGUUGCCGUAUUUCGGCUCUGUUUUCGCCGCCGCAGACGAACCGGACGUUUACGACCGUCAGAAAAGUGAGUGCUAUUUGCCAACACUGUUGCACUUUGCGUCGGCCUACGGGCUCCGGGAGCUCACGUCGCGACUACUGCACUGCCCGAUGGCGCUGAAGGCCUGUCGUACACGCAAUUCAAGCAACUUGACACCCGAGCAGAUCGCCCAUCACCUCAACCACACCGAUAUCGCCGCACUAUUGCGCGACUUUGAACGCCUGUGUCGGACACAUAAGGCUAACCAUUUGUACGAUUGGCGCCGACCGGUGGACCCGUCGACGCCGAUGGACGCGCUGUCGGUGACUGUCGGCGAACUCACUGAUCAGCAAAAGGCCAGUUUGAAACUGUCGGUCACCGCCGGUAAUGCCAUUAGAUAUUCAACGGCUCCCGCGGCCGCCGGUGCGGCCGCCCUAUCAGCCCAUCACCAACUCUAUGGCCUCAGACUAUACUCUGAUUUAUUGAAUUUGAAACAAAACGGCGACAAACUGUUGGCCACUGACGGCCAGAGCAAUGCCGGCGACCAGUUGUUUGCGGAGACAAAUGGUGACAAACGACCGGAGAUUAUGAAUAACGAGUUGCCGUCAGCGCAGGCAUUGUUAGACGAAUCCGUCGGCGAUUUAAAUGCCAUUAAUAAUAAGACAACAAUCAAUGCACUCAAUAGUCAACCAUUGGUUAAAAAGGUUAACAAUACGGACGCCACGAAUGAGAUGUCUGUGACGGAUGACAAUACAGACACUGAGACAGACAAUGGCCUGAAGACAAUGGGAACCGAUUCAUGCGAUCUGAAUGAGAGUCAAAAGGAGUUAUUGAAUAUAAUCGCUGCCUUCAAAAGUGGCGUCUCUUUCGUCGAGUUUGAGGCCCUGUUUGACGACUGGAGGCAAAAGUAUUGCAACGUUUUGCGGGCGAAUGUCUCCCAAGAGUUGACCGAAUCGUUACAACAGAUCCGCAAUCUCUGCGAAAUCGGUCGCAAACAACAGGACUUUGAGGCCAACAAACAUUUGCUGAAUUUCAAUGAUUUGCGAUAUUAUCUCAACUCUAAACUCAAUCACAAACUUAAUGACAAUAACUUAAAGCAAACACUUCACGAAAGGCUCCAAUUAUUAUCACUGAAUCAACACUUUUGUGCCGAUUCUUUGAGUACAAGUUCUCUAUCGAGCAAUAGGGAGAGUUGUAUUAGCACUAUAAGCACCGGUAGCUCAUCGCACGAUACCAUUGAACACCAGGCCAUCAGCGCAGGUAAUAACGCGGUUAGCGUUUGGAGCAAAGGGUCGGAACGAACGCAUAGUAACGGCAAUAUUAAUCGACUUAAUCGUCAAAAUUAUAAAAAUAAUUACUAUAAGAGACUUAAAGCGAAAACCAUUGCCUUAAUUGACAAACAAAAUAAUGAGUCGCGACUGAAAGCGAAUGGAAAACGACAGCAAUCGGCGACCGAUUCACGAAAUAUUAAUAAUAAUAAUGCAAUUAAUAGUAAAAGUAGUGAUGGAAGUGUUGGUAGUGGCGGUGGUGGCAGUGGUAGUAGGCCUCCAGCCCCGCCUCCCCGGCCGUUAACUGUGGCACUAAUUAACGAAACAAAUAAAGCGCAAGAAUUUAAUCAGCGAUCGAUUGUCGAGCCGUCGAAAGUAAACAUCAAGAAUAGCAGCAAUAAUAACGAUAAUUAUAUUAACAACAGCUCUAAUCACAGCGAGUAUUAUGUCUUUGAAUCGGUGGACAACAAGAGCGCAGACAACGACGACGACGACUACCACUACAAUAACAAUAAGAAUAACAACGACAGCAAAAACGGCAAACAAUUAGAUAAUAAGUUAGUGAGCGAUGAGACACACAAUGCGACCCAAUUUGUUGCCAAUGAAAAAGACUUAUCUAAUGAACGCAACGACAAGUGUCUAAACGGCGUCAAAGUGUCCGCGAAAAGGGCGACAAAGACUUGUUAUCGCAUCAAAAAUAAUCGCUUAAGAGAUACUGUCGUCAGUUGUGCUAACGAUAGCCAUGAAUAUGAAAAUAUGAGCGCCGGGUUGGGCGGCGCCGGCAGCCCCUCAUCACUAAUUGGUAAACGAGAUCCGCUAAUCGACUACGAUUUGGUGCCGUCGGGUAUACCGGUGCCCAUCAACUCAUUACGGUUGACCAAAAAGGGUACGUCCGGCAAACGUACUGUACUUAAACCGGUGCCCGAAUGCGAAUACGAUUACGAUAUACCCAAAUGUAGUCAACAACAAACGCGCGAUCAAAUUGACGGCUAUUUUAGUAGCGAUGAUCAGAGUUGCGAUCCGACAACAGAGCCCACCGUCGAUGACAAUGAGAGGCAAAUAUUUGUUUAG